AUGAUGUCCUUCAACAUCUCCACUCUUCCAUUGGCCAGGGACGCAGUGUCUUUGGUACGCAGGUUGGAAAGGACUACAGGAGUGUCAUAUGAAUUAGGUAAAUAUGUUCAAGAUGUUUCAAGACAACAAGACAAGCCCCUCAAGGAGCAACUGACCAAGUGGACCAAGACAGUCACUGACAUUAAUAAUCACAUUAACAACAACAUAAUCACUAAUGCUAAUAAAUUAGACCCCGCACUUAGCGAUAAGAUAACGCGUCAAAUUGAGCCCGUGCAGAAGGUGGUGGCGCAGUUGGGGAGGGUGGCGAAAAAUGAUGCUGUCAUCCAGCAGGCUAAAAAAGUAGAUGACGAGUUGUCCAACCAAAAACAGAUAAUGUUGAAUCAUAUAGAUGGGCAAUGUGAUGUGCUCCUAGAUAUUAUGAAAAAUGAGCUUUUGAUGGUUUCGAGGAAAAUUCAUAGUCUGAAAGAUACUAAAACGGUGCAGAUUCGGCGUCUCAAAGGGACGUUGAAUGAUGCUCAGCAUUAUUUACGAAAAAUUGAUGUCGAAUAUACUGAUACGAUUCAAAAGCAUUUUAAUGAAAUUAGCGGCAAGGUAACUGAAUUGGAUCCAAAAAACACGGAUUCCGGUGCUUUCGAUGAUGAAUGCAGAAUACGCAGGGAUGUUGUCGGUGUUAGAAGGAAGCUUGUGAGCAUAGGGGAAAACUUAGAGAUCUACAUGGCAGACUUGGAUAGAUGGAUGGAGGAAGCUAAAACAAUUAUUGAUGCAGCGAAGCAGAAUUAUGCUGACAAAAUACUCGACAUAGCUAAGGGCGUCGCUGGAAGUAAGAAAAACAUUAUCCUUAAUGCUGCGGAUGAGGUAGAAGAGAAAAUUGUUAGUCCACUGAAGGAUUACAUUCAAAAGGAGGUUAUUGGUGAAAUAACUAGGAUGGUGGAAAAAGCCCAAAGCGAAGUGAACGCAUUGGAUGGGAAAGUGCGGAAGGAUUUGGAAGACAUAAAAACGAAAAUAGAUAAUGGGAUAUGGGAUUACAUUGUACACUUGUCUAAAGCGGCAAAGGAAGAUAAUCUUAAUGACAUUGUCGAUCAGCUGAAUGUGAAAAAGAUUGUGAAAGGUCUUAAAGCGUUUGCGCAGGGUGCGAAUGGAGACAAUAUAAAAACAUCUGCUUACCAAGCCUUGUAUUUUGAUCUUCAGAAGAGAUUUGCAUCCGACGCUUUCAAGGCAGCUGAUGCGUUUAGCACACACGUUAAAAAUGUCAUGAAAGAAUAUAAUAAACACAAGGUGGGCCCGAUCUCCUCAGCACUUGAUGCCAUUAAGGAGUAUCCUAAGGUACUAAAGGUUGACGCAACUGCAAGCACCCUCCAGAAAUUUUCCACGACGAUUAAGGAUAAUCUCGACGCUCUCACCCUGGCGUUCUCCGAUGCGGGUGGACAUAUCCGAUCGAGUUUAAUAACCCUAGAAAACAUCAACAUUAACAACAAACUUAAUGGAAUCAAAGAGAAAAUUAACAGUCUUCAAAGUACCUCAUUAGCGAAAGUCAUCGAAGAAACCAACAAAACCAUUUUUGAAAAAGUGAAAAAGCUCGAAGAAGUCCCCAAUAUCGUUGACACGAAAAGAAAACAGACGUUCCAGAAAAUGCAGGAAUUAAAAAAUGAACUCCAAAACCAUCUCAAUAACAUUAAAGCGAACGUUGGAAUUGCCUAUCAAGAGUUUACAAAGGCCAUACAAGCUGUUUUGGACAAAUUGAUUGAAGCCCACAAAAAUGUCGAAAAUUCGAUUAUAACCGUCAAACAGACACUUAUUGACAAAACGGAAAAUGCCUUCUCCACCCUCACCUCCGCCGUCCGCUCCCUCUUCUCCGCCUCCCACGCCGCCGACCUCCAGGCCCUGCGCGCGCUCGUCGACCAGCAACUGCGGGAAGUGCAAAACAUAAUCGCGCGGGACGCAGUCACGGGCGUGAAGGGGAUGCUGAAGUGGAUGAAAGGCACAGGUGAAUAUUCUUUGGGAGAAAUUCAAAAAAUUGUUCCUACGCCAACUCAGCCAACUCUGACAGCGAAGGAUCAUUCCGGUAAGUUCAAAGACUUAUCCACAAGAUUUGAGAAAUAUGCUGAUAAAGUUCUCGUUUACAUCGAAGGACAAGUAAAAACGCCGAAUAAAGAUCCCUCUCAGGAUCCGGAGUCUAAUCCACAAUCCGAUAACGUCCACGAUAUUCAAGGCAAACUAGACUACUUACUUAACUAUCUUAAACGUAACACAUCUGGUAAUUUAAGUAGGCCGUAUAACUUCGAUCAUACAUCUAAUGAAUUGCUCGAUAAACUCAAGAAAUCCAUCUCCGCCCUCUCCCCCUCCACGUUCCACGGCUCCCACAACCCCCUGCUCCUCGACGCCCUCAGGCGCGGCAUGGACAAAUUCACCGAGCAACUCUCCCACGCGUACGUGAAUACAUACAGUGGGUGUAAGCCUGUGGAAAAGUGGGAGGAAGAUAAAAAGAUUGAUAAUCCUCAGAAACCUGGAGAGGAUAUCACUGUCCAAGUCCUUUCCACCGAGGGCCGCAACUGCGCCAAGGUCUGCCUGACCGUAUUUGACAUUCUCAGCGAUAAGUGGGACAAGAUGGAAUCAUCAUGUGGUUCACAUGGAGACAAACAAAUUCAUUCAGGAAUGAUUGAGAAACCAGGUGCAAACUUAGCGAAACAAGGGGGGAAAGCGGAACAAAUUAAAAACAAGCUCGGAGCAUUCUUCUCCGCUGAAGGCUUCACGGUCUCCGAUAAUGACAAGACACAAAACGGUGAGUUGAACAAGGACAAGAACGGCAGCGCAAUUAAGACUUUAUGUGAAAAGGAAAUUGAUAUUUCAAACCCUGGUCUUCUGGACGUCUUGAAAAGGCUUGAUUUAGGCAUUACCCAUAAGAGCAUAAAACUUAACGAACUAGUUAAUUACCUUUACCAUAUACUCGACAAGUACCGCCACGCUUGCCAUCUACGUCAUAUCCCAGGCGCCAAGCCGCCUACCAACAUAUGCCAAAUGCUAUAUUGGCUUGCUGGGUUGUAUUGGAAUAGGAUGUACAAUGAAUUGCGAUUGCACUUCGACACAUGGUUUAAGGCAUCAACUAAUGACUAUAAAUUAUCAAGCGAUUCGUUUGACGUCGCCGCGCCAUAUAGGGACGCCUCGACGAUGAAAGCAACCGUCAGCAUUAAAAACAUUAAAGACUUAUUCAACACUGUAACCCUGCGCUCAUAUGAAAUAUUACGUGCUUUCGUAGGCCAUGGCCAUGCUGACGGCCGUUAUGCCUGCGAAUUUUAUACCAACCCAGACAAUUUGGAAUAUCCUAAUGACAUCAGUAAAUGUUUUGAUAUGCUCGUAGAUAUAUGUUUAAGACUUAAUUACCAACUUCAUUUCCUAUAUACACAGUGCUGCAAUGGUCCUGAUAGUAGCGGCUGGCGUGAUUGCCAUUACGGCAGGCACGUCGGUGGGUCCAACUGGAACUGUAAUAAGUUCCAAUGUCCUGGCCAACAGGGUGACCAAAGUGCCAACCAAAUAGCUAACCAAACGUGUGAACAACACCCUAAGUGCUGUAUAAAAUCUCCCUCCAAGCAUAUUUGGAAGACGGUCUUCCAGGCUUCCUCCCACAUACAUUCACUUUGCCCAGUUGUAAGUUAA